AUGGUGCCCUUCACGGGUGCAGGAAAGCAAGCUGCUUGGCAGCUGGGGACUGUGGAAGCCAUCGAGAAGGCGACGAGCCAAACGAUCAACAAGGAUGACCUGGCCUUUCGGAAUGCGCUGAAGCUGGCGGCAAACGAGAGCCUGACCCUUGUCUACGACGAGGCGCACACGCUUUUUGCGUCAUCAGAUCUAUGCUCAGCGCUCUUCAAGGGCGACACAGAGCAUCGACCAAAACUUUUGCUAUUUUCAGCCUCAGGCGAUGCAUCCGUAUCCGAAACUCUCACAGCGUCCACGCCUGGUGAAAUCACCCAAAAGUUCAUGUGGGCGCCACCCUUAAUCUACACAAACGAGCUGGAGACUCAACUGAGGGAAGCGGGUGUGAGGCUGGACCAGAAGAGCAUCGAGUUCUUCAUCCAAUUUUGCGGUGGACAUCGUGGCAUCUUCAUCGCAGCAAUGCACUGGGUGCAGAGUAAACAAACAAGUGGUGAAAGCUGGGACUUCAAGGAGACAGCGGGGUUUGUGCGGAAUAGCCAUGGCGAUGGAAGGUGGGAUUGUAGCGAUGCUGAGAUUCUGGGAGCUUUGAGAGAGAGCCGCGCCGUGAAAGUGAAUGGACGAUACAGCUCUGUUGAGAAUACUCCCAAAGAGUUUGUAGAGCUCUUGUGUGGAGGGGCACGGACCAUCGGACACGACAUUCGGAGGGAGCUCGCCAUCAACGGCUUCGUGCUUCCAAGACAUGACAGCGCAGAAGAGCUUCAGAAGCUGAACUGGACCAAUGACAACUUGCCCUACAAGGUGGCGAACCCUUUACUGGCCGCGUACUACCGCUUCCAACUACAGAAGACCUGUGGGUUAGAGCUUGAGUUCUGCUCCAGCAAACCCGAAAGCUGUGCAGACUUACUGAUGAGAGCGUUGCCCUACCUGUUCUUCUCCAAGGUUGUGAGCUUCGAAGAAGUAACAUCUGAGCUGGGGGUGGCAGACGGUCUUCCACAUGAGCCACAUUAUAGCCAAGCCAUCAUCAGUGUAUUGACGGAAAUGGGCUACAAGGCCUUUGCUCCACAAUCGUCGAAGGAGGGUCACGGGAAGCCAGACCUUAUUGUCAACAUUUCUGGGGAGACAUUCGUCAUGGAGGGCGCCAAGAGCGGGAUCAAGCAGCACCUUAAGCCCUUCAACCAGAAGCUCCAUAACUACAAGAAUGCCAAGCACAAGGGCUUAUACAUCAUCGGCAACAACAAUGAGAAGAUGCUCGAGACCGUGAGGAAGACUGAAGGAGACGAAGUCCAAAUCAUAGGCUUGGUCCCCAACAUCGCCCACACCGCUUACACCGUUCACGUGAAGAACAAGGGCAUCGAACACAUCAACACCUUCAGGGUGGACUGCGACCUCGUGGCAAGGAGGUUGGUGCUCAAAGACGAUGGCGAGCCUGAGCUCUACAGCGUCCAAUCGCUGAAGAGCAUCAACCUGUCUCCAAAAGCUCAGAGCAGCCCAUCUGCCGGACCUGCAGGCACGACCUCCUCAUCCGUCGUCUGGGUGAGGGAGCUGGCCCGGAAGGAUGGGACGGUCACCGCCAAGUCUCGUCAAGACCCUGAGGGCGAGGAGGAGCUCGAGCCGGCGUUUCAGGUGGAGUCCCCUCAGGACCAUCCGAUACUCAAAAAUGUGGACCACUUGAAAACAGCCAUCAAGCAGAAGAAUCCCGUCAGUCUCAAGGACAUCGAUGCAAGGAAUAUCGACAUCUACUCACAAGAAGCUGGAGCGUGGGAACGCGUCAAAAACGCAUCAACCUCCCUGCGUCAGAACACCAGCGAGCUAGACUGCUACGGCUUUUUGCCGUGGCAGCGAACUUGA